AUGCGUUUGACCCCAGCGAAUCUUCGGCAUCCACGUGCAACUGUUGAGGCAAUAUGGCUGGGUCGUAUGUGCUACGAGAAGGCUUUAAAUAUACAGCACGAAUAUGUCCGGAAGAUUAUUGAAAUCAAGGAGCACAACCUCAACGAGCCAAUAAAAAAUCGUUUAUUUCUAUUGGAACACACACCAGUUUAUACGGUUGGAUUAAGAAGCCACAUGUAUUCUAUGAAAGAAGAACUUCGAUUGAGGGCACUCGGAGCAGAUUUCUUUAGGACUGAUCGAGGUGGUUUGAUAACGUUUCAUGGUCCAGGACAGCUGGUAGCCUAUCCAAUUAUGGACCUGUCGACAUUAUCAGUCUCGUCACCAGAUGAGAAGACUCGACGUGUUGGCGUCAGACGAUACGUUCAUUUGAUUGAGGAGACUAUUAUUCGAACGGUUGAUAAGCUCGGAGUCAAAGGAGCUCAUCGAUCCCCUGAUACUGGUGUUUGGCUUGGCAAUGGAACACGAAAAAUUGCGGCAAUUGGCAUAAACGUACGACGAGGCAUAACGAGUCAUGGUCUUGCGUUGAACUGUGAUACAGAUUUGAAUUGGUUUGCGCAGAUAGUACCAUGUGGACUGGUUGGUAAAGAAGUAACGUCAUUAUCGAAAGAACUGGGCAAAGAUGUGGGCAUCGUAGAGGCAAUCAAGCCACUUUGUGAGCAGUUCGCUGAGGUGUUCCAAUGUGAUUUGGUAUACGAUGAAGAUUUUUGUUCUGAAGUUGAAUCUGCAGCCAAGCGAAAGGCUUUAUAUAGGAAGAUAAAGGAAAAUAUUUCAUCAUUUUUCAAACUGGAUGAUUCUAAAGGUAGUUAG